GAAGCAGUGAAGCGCUUCAAAAAGAUGCACCUCAUGGCCGAGGAGUGCCGGGCCAUGGCGCAGAGCAGCAAGGGCUCCCUCACGCAGCCGCUGAGCCAGAGGCCGACGAGCGGCGACGGCAACAGGGGCCUCUAUCCCUCCCGGCGGGCAAGAAGGCCCCGCCGAGGCCAAGGGCAGCAGAAGAGCAUCACCGAUUACUUCAGGAGCUCUCAGAUGCAGCAGGAAGGUGCAGAGGGGACACAGAGCCGUGGAAUCAAAGAAGAGCUACCAGCUCCCCUCUUCGGUGAAGCUGAUGAGUCCUUCAGCAGCGCAGAGGAUCCCUUCUCCUUCCUAGAGGAUGAGGAUGAUGGACCAGCUCCUAAGGAAGGCUCCUCCUUUGGAAAAAGGACACUAUCCGCAGCAGUCGCAGGUGGCCGUGGCACAAAGUACCUGUGGGAUGAGCCUGAGGAGAAGCCACGGGUGCUCCAUCCAGCACACAGGGAGAUCAAGCAAGAGCAGAGCCGAAUCAAGCAGGAACUUGAUGACAUGGAAGUCGAACCCAUUCCUGAUGCCCGCUACGGGCUCCUGGGCACCCGGAGCUGGGACGUGCCUCAGGGCAGCAUGGAGAAGCUGCCCGCUGAAGUCCUGAGGAGGAUCUUUGCCUUCCUCCCGGUCACUGAUCUGUACCAGAGCCUGAGCCUGGUGUGUCACUUCUGGAGGCAGAUUGUCACUGAUCCUCUGUUCAUCCCGUGGAAAAAGCUCUACCACCGGUACGUGAUGAAGGAGCCCGCAGCCCUGCACAGUGUUGGGCAGCUCUUGGAGCGUCACGGCGUAGUGAAGGAGCACGAGGAGUGUGUGGUGGGCAUGAUCAGGUGGGUGUCUGCCAUUCACACCAGCCCGCACGUCGAUCCCAGCGCCGUUCUCCGGUGCCUAAGGAGCCACCACCUCUUCCCAAAAGCUGCAACCUGCAUCGCCGGCCAAGCGCCGCAUUUCCAGAGCGGCACGAGGCCUGAGGCCAUGUGGGCGAUCGUGACAACCAUGGUGCUUUUCUCCGAUGGCAUCCGGGACAUCCAGACGCUGAUGGAGCGGCUGUGGAGACCGAGCUCUACCCUGUCCUUUGUGGACGUGACCGAGGCACUUUACUGCAUAGCCACGCUGCUCUAUGCCAUGAGAGAGGCAGACAUCGCCGUCUCCAACCGGAUCCAUUACAACAUUUUCUACUGCUUGUAUCUGAUGGAAAAUGGCUCCGUAACUGCAGAGGCAGAGGAGGAAACACCUGCUUCAUGCUGCAGACGGGACCUCUGGGCCGGUAAUUGCCCUGACAUAAAGCUGACACAUGAACAGCAAAGGAUUUUGAAUCACAAAAUUGAGCGUGGUCAAAUAGUGAAAAUUAUGGCAUUUGCAGGUACGGGAAAGACAUCAACUUUGAUCAAGUACGCGGAGAAGUUUGCAGAGCUCAACUUCCUCUAUGUGACAUUCAACAAAGCUGUGGCAGAGAGAGGGAAACGUGUCUUUCCCCGAAACGUGGCCUGCAAGACUUUCCAUUCCCUGGCGUUUGGAAGCGUUGGCAAACGCUAUAAAGAAAAAGGCAAGCUGAACUUCUCCAAUCUGUCAGCUUACUCAGUAAGUUUCCUUAUCCAGCACCGCGAGGGACAAUCUCUGUUCAUAAGAGGGAAAACAGUCAAAGAGACACUUGAAAACUUUUUUGCCUCUUCAGAUGAAGAGAUCUCUGAAGAGCACGUUCCUACUUGGUUCAAAAACACCCACGGCGUAAGAAAACUCGUCACCCUGCAAGAAAAGAGAAUCAAUGUUCAAGAAGCAAAUGAGAUAUGGUACAAUAUGAAGAAGCUGGAUGGAGACGCAGAGAAGAAUUACAAGAUGACAUGUGAUGGAUAUUUGAAACUUUGGCAUCUCAGCAAGCCUCAGCUCACAGGAUACGAUGCCAUUUUUGUGGAUGAAGCACAGGACUGCACUCCAGCCAUCGUGGACAUUGUGCUGUCCCAGUCCUGCGGCGUGAUCCUCGUCGGAGACCCUCACCAGCAGAUCUACACCUUCCGAGGGGCUGUCAACACCCUCUAUAUGGUGCCUCACACCCACAUCUACUAUCUCACCCAGAGUUUCAGAUUUGGUCCUGAAAUAGCUUACGUGGGAGCAACCAUCCUGGAUGUCUGCAAAAGGAUCAGGAAUAAGACGCUGGUGGGAGGAAACCAGGAAGGUGAUGUGAGAGGCAGCGUGGAAGGGAAGAUAGCAAUCUUAUCACGAAGCAACUUCAGUGUAUUUGAGGAUGCUGUGAGACUUACUGGUAGAGAAAGACCUAUAAAAAUACAUGUCAUCGGGGGGCUUGCCCGUUUUGGCCUUGGCAAAAUUCAUGAUAUUUGGAAGCUCUCUCGGCCUAUAGAAGAACGGGAAAGAUUAAACCUUGUUAUAAACGACCCCUUUAUCAAAAAAUGGGAGGAGACACAGGGCUUCAUCGGCCUGAGGGAAUACGCAGAGCACAUCGAUGACAAAGAGCUGCAAGUGAAGAUUGCAAUAGUGGAGAAAUACAAGGAGCAGCUCCCGGAGCUGGUGCGGAGGAUCCAGAGCAGCCACGUGUCCACAGAAGCCCUGGCAGAUUACCUGAUGGGCACCGUGCACCAAGCCAAAGGGCUGGAGUUCGACACGGUGCUGCUCUCGGAUGACUUCGUGCAAGUGCCGGCCACCAGCGGGGACCCGCGGAGGGGCUCCCACUUCAGCAUCGGAAUGUAUCCCGAGGAUGAGUGGAACCUGCUCUACGUGGCGGUGACGCGGGCCAAGAGGUGCCUGCUGAUGUCCAAGUCGCUGGAAAACAUUUUAGCGUUGGCUAAGCUGAGGGACUUUCUGCCGUUCACCGACAAUAAGUUUCAGACCCACCUCAAUAACUGCAGGCGGUGCACGGCGCUCACGGUCCGAUCCUCGGCGUUCAACGAGGACAUGACCACGUUGAUCGUAACGAACAAUUCCCUUCCCGACUUGAAGGCUAAGCCCAGGGCGUUUUUCACCAGAGAGGAAUUUGGAACGGGGAUGGCUCCCAGGAGCCUGGUUCCUUUGCAGAAGACACAUCAGAAGGAGCCAACAGAACCAAAGACAACUUUUCCAGUGGAAAUAGCUGGGAAGCGCCUUCAGUUCAGGUUCUCCACGGACAGUGACUUCGAGGUAGAAGGACGGUUCUCCAAAAGCUACGCUGAGAAGGAAAUGAAAAGGCAAUAUCCGCAGCUCCGCUAUCAAAUCCCCCCUAAGCCAGGUCCAGCCCCAGCGGAGCAGAGAGGCCACCCACAGGAUGCGGCAGCCUCCCAGCGGCAGCCCCUGCGCCUGUCCUCGCUCUUCCAGAUCCACCGUGUGGUGGCUGUGCCCGGCGAUGAUGGCUUCAGUGGUUAA